UCACCUCCAGCCUAUUUGGGAUAUGCAUAAUUAUCACAUUCUUGUGGUAUAUGAUAUGUUAUGACAAAUUAUUGUGCCAAAGAGGGUCAAAAAAUACGCCGAGGAUUGAAUCCUUCCUGAAAAGGCAGGAAACUUCAUACCCCAAAAGGUAUACUUACUCAGAGCUAAGAAGAAUGACAAAAUCUUUUGCUCAUAAACUUGGCCAAGGUGGCUAUGGAGCUGUAUACAAAGGCAACCUACCUGAUGGCCGCGAGAUAGCAGUUAAGAUACUUAAGGACACCGAGGGUGAUGGUGAGGAAUUUAUAAAUGAGGUGGCUAGCAUCAGCAAAACAUCUCAUGUCAACAUAGUUACUCUCUUAGGAUUUUGCCUCCAAGGUUCAAAGAGAGCUCUUCUCUACGAGUACAUGCCCAAUGGUUCGCUCGAGCGAUAUACUUUUGGGAACAGCUCUGUUAGAGAAGACAACACUUUAAGCUGGGAUAAAUUUUUUAAUGUCAUUCUCGGAAUAGCGCGAGGGUUGGAGUAUCUCCACAGUGGUUGUAACACCCGCAUUGUGCAUUUCGAUAUCAAACCUCACAAUAUUCUUUUGGAUCAAGAGUUUUGUCCAAAGAUAUCAGAUUUUGGAUUAGCAAAGUUAUACCGGCCAAAGGAGAGCAAAAUCUCCAUGGUUGGGAUGAGAGGUACGAUAGGUUACAUAGCACCCGAAGUAUUCUCCAGAAAUUAUGGCACAGUGAGCAGCAAGUCUGAUGUCUACAGUUUCGGGAUGGUUGUUCUUGAGAUGGUUGGGGCAAGAAAACAGAUCGAUGUUAGCACUGAUAGCAGCAGCAAGUAUUUCCCUCAAUGCUUGUACGGUAAUUUGGAUCAGUUUUGUGGCACCAUGGACCGUGAGAUCAGCAAUGGUAUCACAGAGAUGGUGAGGAAGAUGACCAUCGUUGGCUUGUGGUGCAUUCAAUUCAACCCUGCAGAUCGGCCUUCCAUGUGCAAAGUACUUGAGAUGUUAGAGAGCAACGCUAUGGACUUGCGAUUGCCACCGAAGGCUUUCUGAGAUGGUUAAAUCGAGCAGCAUCCUACUUGUAAACUUUUCAUAUGGGUAC